AUGAGCCACGAGGAAGAUUACCCAGCAAACAUUGAUGAGCAGUUGCUUACUGCUGUGAAAAACCAGGUAAAUGGACAUGACUUAGAUGAUGGCAGUCUGGUGAAAUUGGAAGCUUCAAAACAUCACCACCGAAACCCACAACAGGAAAAUCAGCCUCUGCAGGAGCAGCGGGCUGCCCAAGAGGCCCAAGCUCAGGCCCAGGCCCAAGCGCUAUACCAUCAGCAGCAACAUUUGCACGACGACUCUGAGUACAAUAUCCAGAUCCCUGAACCCAUCAUAGACUCCCGGCUGAAAAUCUAUCCAGUGUCGGAAAACACAAUCACAAAUGAGGGAAACUUGAUAACGCGGCCAUUCCCAGAGCAGAUGUUUCACACACGCGACGAACUCAACGAGUUCAUUUCGGAGUUUGCUCGGGAUAACGGUUUCGGAAUUGUCAUUGCUCACUCGAACAAAAAGGCCAUUUACUACACCUGCGAGUUGGGUGGACGCUACCGCCAUAAAAAGGGCAAAUCCAUCCAGCAACAAGAGGAAGAAGCUGCGCGCAGACAGCUCAAUGAGACCGGAACAGCAUAUGUGUUGGAGCCCCAUGCCCGCACUAAAAAGUUGCGGUGUCCGUUUAGCAUGACAGCAUCGUUCCGCAAGUCCAACCUGAUUUGGUCGCUUCGCACAACUUGCAACGAGCACAACCACCCGCAGUUGGAUCCUUUGUCUAACCAUCCAAUGUUGCGCAAGCGUUCAGAUGAGUUGAACUUGCUUAUCUUGGACUUGUAUAAGGUGGGCACCAAACCUUCUCACAUCGAGGCAAAGAUCAAGCACCAAUUCCCCGACGUGUUGAUCAAGCGUGAAGACAUUUACAACGAGAUCCGUGGCUAUAAGCGUAAAUUGAAGAAGCAGAACAAGUUUCUACCUGGCGGCGUUGGUGCGAACGGUAUCAAGCGCCGCCGUAACGCCGCACUGUACCAUCAAGUUAUGGAGGAUGACGACGAAGACGAUGACCACGACGAGGUCUUAUCCUAUGAGUUGGAGCGCCAAAGGCAGGAGGCCGAAAUUCAGCGCCAAUUGGCCGUGGAUCACCACUCGCACCACCAUUCCAUGGGCCAUCUGCUUUCACCACACCCACAUUUGGAUGAGCAACAGCUACAACAUUACCAGCAACAAUUGCAUGGUCUUCACGAAAGUGAGCACGGAGAUAGCACUGCAGCAGCUGCAAUUGCUGCAGUGGCAAGCGCAGCUCAUGCUAGUGGUAACGGCGACUUGUCCAUCGACAAUAUCGACAGCAGAUUGGUAGGAGAAUAG